GCUAGUUUCUCCAUCCCAGUAAUGUCAGUUGGGGUUUCAGAUUGCGUUCCCAUGCAGAAGGAGACCGCCGUUGACUCUAUCAUCACAGUAAAACAGUUUGCAGACAGGGGGAAUGGAUGUACUGAUAUCCUGCACUGUUUUUGCUUAAACUAAUGUGCUCUUUUGAUGCUGCGAGGAGCAAGCAAGAAUUUCAGCAGCACUGGAAAGCAAGUGUUGCAUUACUGAGGGUAUUGGUAAACCAAUAAACACAGCAAAAUAAUACAAAUAUUAAGUAUCCAUUAGUAACGGAUAUUUUUGAUCAACUCGAUAUUUUUUUCUCAAAUCAAGAUCCUAAGAAACAAGUGAUCUAAAUAGCAGAUUGUAAGUUUUUUUUUUCUUUUUCGGUAUAGGUUUUACAUGCUGAUUUGUAACUCUGGAGUAAUUGCUGCCUCUACCAAGGCGUAAGAAUCUCUCAAGAAUCGAAUGCGGCACUCGCCAGAAAAUCAAGAAUAUCUACAAACAAUUUUAAACCCAUACUGGAUAUGUACAACAAGUAUUUCAAAGUCGUGUUCUUAAUUUUUUCAUUUCUGGCCCGUGUGCUUAUGGCUUAUGAAUGCACGCCAUGUGAGCUCAGGACUUGCGUUCCCCAUACCUGCGAGAACGGGCGGACUCCAACCCGAGACCCCUGUGGAUGUUGCGACUACUGUACCAGGCUGGAGUGGGAACCCUGCGGCGGGGAGGACUGGAGUGUUGGCUACUGUGGUUUAGGGUUAACUUGCGCGGGUGCAAAUGGGACACGAGCCGCGACGGUACCUGAUGUGGGGAUUUGUAAAGUUUUACCUGAGCACCUUCAACAUGGGGCAGAGGAUAAGAAGUGCCCAGAGCAGAGUGGCUGUAACAGAACAGGAGGACAAUGCACUUGUGAGACUCUGCGUACAUGUGUCAGUGUGUUUGAGUAUCCUGACAUGGAGUCCUGCCUUAGGGCAUCAAUAAUAGCCCAGCUUAAAUGCACUGGAGUCACUUGUCCAAGUCAUCCCAUUCCAGACUGUCCCAAAGAUUCCGCUCUCACCAAGAGCUACACUCCCCCUGCCGGGUGCUGUCCGACAGUGCCACCCCUCUGCACCUGUAAUUUCCGGGCAUGCCAGAAGCAGGAGUGCCCUGCUGGGCAACAGCAGCUGUUGGUCAGGAAAGCGAGAGGAAUCCCUGGAGACUGUUGUGAUGUAUAUGAAUGCCAGAAAGUUUCCCCAAAGUGUGUUCACGAUGGGAAGGAGUUCUCGGAUGGGGAAGUGUACAGAAUGGAUACUUGCUGGCUCUGUCAAUGUCGAGGAGGAAUAUCUUUCUGCUCCAAAGCAGAAUGUGCAGGACUGGACUGUGAGAACUUCUACAUUCCAGAGGGAGAGUGCUGCCCAGUAUGCCUAGAUGUGGAGCUGCUGUCUCUGGGAAACACGGAUGCCAGCUGCUGGGUGAACAACAAGCUGCGACAACACGAGGAGCAGUGGAAAGAAGAUGACUGCACCUUCUGCCAGUGUGUGAACGGAGAUCCCCACUGCACCGCCAUGGCCUGCAAGCAGACCUGCCAGAGCCCAGUCAAAAUCCCUGGGGAGUGCUGCCCUUUCUGUGAAGAGCCAACUUAUGAAACCGUGAGUCCAAUUUUAUGUCCAAAAUUGGAGAACUGCUUCCUUUCCGAGAGAGACUGUCCAUAUGGCUUUGUGCAAGACAGAAAUGGAUGCCUACUAUGCCAGUGCCUAACAAACGACUCCUGUCCAGAUCUUGGGACACACUGCUCUCUGCAGUGUCCUUUUGGCUUUGAAAAGGAUAUCUAUGGAUGUGAAGUGUGUGAAUGCACCACUCUGACACCAAAGUGCCGUCCAGUGUCUUGCAGUAAGACUUGCCCUCAUGGAUAUGUGAGAAACAAGCAUGGCUGUGAGAUGUGCCGCUGUGUGAAAUGUCCUCCAUUCACUUGCGACAAAGACUGCAGGGAAGGUUACAAGCAGAAUAAGAAAGGAUGCUCCAUCUGUGUGUGUAAAGAGACUAGCCACACCCCCAGCACAACAGUUCCUGCUCCCACAGCGAGCUACUGCCUGACAGCUAACGGACAGCGCUACAAGGAAGGGGAGAGCUGGCACGACGGCUGCCGGGAUUGUUACUGCCAUGACGCCCGGGAGAUGUGCUUGCUGAUUACAUGCCCAGUGCCCAGCUGUUCACACCCCGUGGUCAGGCCAAACCAGUGCUGCCCAAGCUGUGAAGAUGAGUCGGGCAGUGGGCAGCUGGAUGGAGGGGAUCUUGUGGUGUGUAGGGCCCCAGGAGGAGAGUUCUAUGUGGAAGGAGAGACAUGGCAACUGGAUGAGUGCACACGCUGCACCUGCAGGAAAGCCCGUGUCUUGUGCGACAUCGAAGUCUGCCCUCCUGUGCUCUGCCAGGCCCCUUCCAGAAGCAAGGACUCAUGCUGCUACAUCUGUCCAGAUGACCAGUUGAAGCCCCUGCUUCCUGUGAACAACAGCCAAUCUGAAUUUUGCACAUCCAGUGAGGGGGAGCUUCUCCUGUCUGGAUUUUCAUGGAAAGACAAUCCUUGUACAAGCUGUACCUGUAACAAUGGAACCAUACAGUGCUUUUCCCAGCAGUGCCCUCCAGCUAACUGCAGAGUUCCUGUCCUGAGGAAAGGUCAAUGUUGCCCAUACUGUUUAGAUAUGACAACGACCAUGGUUCCAAUAAUGCUGUCAACCCAGACACCUAGAGAGAAACCAACAUACACAGAGGACAGCAGAUGGUGGUUUUCCACAACUCAGCUCCCACCAGUUGUUGCAGUUACAGAUGGAAAAGGUCUCGGUGAAGAUUUCCCAAACCAGACAGAAGUGGCUUUGAUAUAUCAGUCAGCAGCCUGGAUUUUAGCUGGUAUACUGCUGGCCAUUGUCAUAUUCCUUCUAGUUGCUCUUCUGAUCAACAAGAAGAAGAAAUUGGUUCUUUUGUCUUGUUACAAUGCACCAAAAAAGACAGUCAUUCUGAAAAAGCAUGUGAAUACGAAUGCUGUGGUUUACAUGGAGCCCUCAAAGGAAAACAAAUUUCAAAACGUCAGGAGUGACUGCACAGUCAGCUUCACAGCAGAAGGCAGCUCUUCCAAUGGUGAUAGAUACAUCAUCCCUAGAGCGAAAGUGAACAACAAGCAGAGUCGACUGUUGGGUUAGAGCUAUGAUACUAAGAAAACUCCUUGGGAACGAAUAGGUUUCCUACAUUUCUACAAUGAUUGUUAAAAAGCAUACCUUGGAAGUGAGUCUUUGAUAAAACAGAUGAAGAUUGUCAGCCUGAAAUGCAAGAUGGAACACUUCACAGCUGUGACAUUUCCGUGAAUUUUAAAGCUUUAAAAUGUCCCAUUAUUUUAUAAAAGGAAGAAGUAGCCAUACUUGCUAAGCAUUGUCUUAUGCAUCUCAUGAGUUUUCUUUAAGAAAUUAGCUCAGAUGGCUUAAGGAGGUAAGCGCAUAUAUAGAUUAGUAUAUAGAUGUAACCAGUUUGAAAAAACUGGAACACAGCAGAAAUUAAAGUAAUGCUUAUGACAAAUUAGUUACAACAUAUUUUCACUAUUUUUAGUUUCUUACAGUUGAAUCAGUCCUUAAUUUCCUCUACCUAAAACAUCCAGUUGUGAUGUAUCUAUUCCAUUUUCAAUCUUUUUAAAAUUUCACAGCUGACAGGACACAAUGUUCUGGAAUUAGCAAAUAAAUAAACAAUGUAAUGAUAGCAGAUGAGAAAAGAAACAGAAUCAUGAGAAGCCCAUUAAAUACUUCAUAAGAGUAAGGGAAUAGUUUACUUAUGUAAACUGAACAAAUUGUCGCAUAAAUCCAUCCAGCUGUCAGAAAUCUGCUUAUACCUGGGGUCUUUUCUGGAGGCAUAGAGCACCAGGGGACAGUUGUCGUUGAGCACACACACACACCCACACAGGCACAACUGAGUAGUUAAACUGGGUUCCACAGAAAACAUGGGUGGAAGAUGCUAACAUAUAUGGCUGGCACAUUUCUAUAAUUGCAAUAGUGUGCACAGUUAUACAUAAUAAUGUUUUGUGUUUCCAGCUUUGUGAAAAUAUCCACGCUAUUUUUAACAGGGCAAAUAAAAAUGUUGUGAUUUUCAAUUGCACAAGAGAAUUGCAGAAUUGGGAGAGAAUGCAAAAUUGUCACCCUAGUAUAAAUGAUUGUUCUGAUUUCAGUUGGACUAUGCUUGCUUAGUGCAAUAACUACUCUUAUACAACUUGGAAUAACAGAAAUCAACUUUGCAACACAGUAAAGCUGGACUGAAUAAGAUGUAGAUUGGCUAUCAACAAAAAAAUAUUUACCAUAGAGUCUGCUUAUUAUAAGUAAUUUGAUGCAAUGUAAUUUCUUAAAUUGUGGUGAGAAAAAUUCACUAGAAUGGAUUGGGCUUUAUUAGUAUGUUGAAAAUCCAUAUACAGUAUAUUAUAAAGUUAAAUUACACUGGAGAACUGGUGCAGUAUGUUUGUUCUCAAUCAUAGAGUUAAGCCUAAAUUACACCAAACCUUCAGCUCCUUUGCCAACCAAGUACAUUUAGAAGCAUCUUGUAUCAACAUAAUGGAAAACCACCAUCACUAAAAGCUUUUAGUCAAUGUAAUUCUGCAUUCAGCUAGUUGAGCAAUGUCUAAGAAGUACUGUUUUGCAUUUGAGUUAGCAGUCCCAAAAUGUGACGUGUAAAGUACAUUAGAUUGUCUCCCCCAUAAAACAGUAAUAAUAAGUGAAAGACUCAUUUGGCAUUAUUAAUUUGAGGAUGAGUCAUAGAGUUAAACAGAUUACCUUCAUGAAAAAAGCUUAUGAUGCAUGAUCUGUUUUAAGAUGAUUAUUUUUCAUGAACUAAAUUUUAUCUCAAUCUUAUUAAUUUUUCAACUUCAUCGGUGCCAACUUGUAUUUUUGUUUUUAAAGAAAACAGUAAAUUACUCUGAGGGCUUAAAUGAAAGAACCUAUGAAACAUGCAUUAAAAGUGGUUUGCUAAUCUCCAAUUUAGUUUAAAAAUCAAAAGGCAGCACUCUCAAGUAAAACUGAGUGCAGAAAUGGGGCCCAGUGAUAAACACACUGGACCACACAUGGUGUACUUCAAACUGAUGCAAUCAAGUUUAGGUUAAGGAAACUCUGCUUCAUAUAAAAGGCAUCUUAUCUGUAUGUCUUAGGUUCCUCAAUUAACAUGUAAUAAUGUAUUAAAAGACAAACCUGCAGUAAAAAGCAAGGGUAAACUUUUACCUAGAAGGCUGAAAAUUGAUUUAUUUUCUGCGAUUACUAUAAAGAAACCCAGAACAGAAGAUUUUUAGCUAUUCUUAGUCUUUUAAGUUUGGAGGCUCAUCUCAUUGAAUAACACAUUGAUUUGCCAAUGUGUUGAAAACUUUCACAGAAGGACUAUUUCUGUGAAAGUAGUCAGUGCAUGGAAACACUGUUGACUGCUAAAUUUGUUUCUUCUUCAUUUCUUCUUCAUUAGUCUUUAAAUGGGCUAUAUUCAGUUCUUGCUGGCUUAGAUUAGUAAAAAUACCCCUUUUCUUUUUUCCUUAAUCAUAGCUGGCUUCAGGAUUAUUUAUACAUCUUGAUAAAGUACUUUAUAUCUAACUUCCAUUUUUCUGUAUUUCUGCCAUGAUUAAAAUGUUUGGAAUGACUUGAAGCAGACACAGUGCAGACAGUUACUGUACAGGAGAUAAUGAAAAGAAAACGUCCUUUUAUAAAAUGCUAUCAAUGCACAGUGGUAAUGUAUUUAGUUACUAUGGUAUAAUGAUUGAUAUUAUUUAACAUAUUGUAAAGCAUUUUGAAACUCCUGUGGGGUAGGGCUCUUACUUUUUCUGUUUCAAUGCUUUUCCCAUAUGAGAGUCUGUACUUCAAUCAUAACCUUUAAAUAAGCCUUCCAUUGUUUUUUGUGUAAAGGUUAAAAGGUUACAAAGAACAAAUUGUAUCAGUAACAACCUAUCCACAACCAGCAGCUAACCAAAUAUUACACACAAAAAGGAGUUGACUUUUGCUUGCAUGAACUGAGCCUCAAUCUCAAACCUAUAAUUUCUAAUUACUUAGAAAUCUCUAAACUCUGAGGUCUAAGCAUACAGAAUUCCUUGUUCAGCUAUAAUGCUUAUCCAUCUAAGUUUCUUCAUUUUAUUUAAGCUAGCUUUAAAUGUCUGCAUCUGAUUAAAUCCAAGUAGAUGUUUCUUCCCAAAAUGCAAUACCAGGGGAGGCACAACAUUCAUAACAAUUAAAUGUCCUAGUAAAACUGAUAUUAAAAACAAAAUCCUUCACAAUUAAUAUGACCAGACCCAGACCCACGAUGAUAGCUAUUAAAAGGAAAAAAGCCUCUGGCACCUCAGAGGAAUUUGCGAUGGACAAUGUACAAUGCACAAUGCAUUAUAGUGAACAGAGCUGUGAAAUAUUGUUAUUUUUUUAAAAUGAAGUUUUAAAAUUUUUGAAGAAUGUGUAUUUAUCAAUGGCGCUUGUACUGCUUAUGAUCCUCCUUAGUUUGUGUAUUACAAAGAAAUUGCAGGUUUUCAAAACUGAAGAAAAUCAUUGUGUUUUUUAAUUUGAUAUAAUGUGCCUUCAUUUAAAGGGGUUUUAUUUUCCAUACCCUGCUGUUUCAGUCCUGCAAACAGUAAACUAUGUUGCUCUUAUGCACCUAUCAUACGUCUCAAAACUGCUUGAGGGGAUGACUAUGCUUAAAAUCGCUUAUUAGCUAUAUUUUUUUGUGAAAACUGUUUCAGUGAUGCAUUACAGAAGUGUUAAACUGGCGGUGGGAUCUGUCUUUAACAGAAGAAGAUAUUGUAGUGUCUGUCUCUGAAGUUCAAAAUAUAACACAGGACUACACAUACUGUACUACACAGGAAUUUGUGUAUCAUUUUUUAAUGUUAACAGAAAACAGAUAUGGGUCAAUUCAGUUUUUCUACAAACACAUGCUUUAAGAGAACAGGCUACCUUUAAAAGCUUUUGCUGUUGCAAUUCCGAAGUGUAAAAAAUGGUAGUCUAAAGUAGAUGAAAAAGAGUACCUUAUUUAUUUUUUCACAUAGCUUUAUUUAUUAAUACUAUAGUAUCAGAAGCUAAUGAUUGUUUGACUAGUUAAAAGGUGGUAGCCAAUGCUGCUGUAUAUUUCUAGAAUUUUUAACUUCUUAUUUUGUCUGCUUUAUUACCCAGAAAAUGUAAAAGUGGCUUAUUUAUUUCCCCAAUUGCAAACUAUGUAAAUAUGCAAUUCUUAGAUAUUUGUAACAUUUACUGCUUUUUUUCCCUUCUUGAAAAAUAAACUGUGUGAACAAAACACUAGACUACAGAAUUUU